AUGCCUGCCUCCGACCGCACUCAAGACUUCAGGCAGUCUUUAGACAGCCACCCGCCGUCUCCUAAACGACGCAAGACUACCGCUGAAGCCGAACGCGACCCCCAAAUCAUCUCGGGUAAAGACUUUCUUAAGGAAGCUUAUGUCGUUCUAAACCAUAUCACCACCCUUACGCGCAUGCUUGCCAACAUUAAGCGGCCAUAUCUCAACGUCGACUCCCGAAGUGGUUCCGCCCAGCACCACCAAUCCCGAACACUUGACUUUGAGGCUUCAGACUCAUCAUGGGCCUCCAUCCGCCAUCUGACCAAUCAAGAACGCGACCAAAUCGACCUGCAAGCGAAAACAAUUCUUACACGAUGCGCAGACCGCGUCAAAGAGCUAGAAGCUCUCGAAAAGCGACGGAUCGAGCUCGUGGCAAGCAAAACCAACCCACUCACCCGUUUCCUUCCGGCACGUCUUAGAGAAGAUGCGGCCACUCGUUCUGCAGAUUUUGUUGCAGCACACAGAGCGAGUAUCACUUGGUACCUCAACCGACGACUGACAGAGACGAGCCAAAGCCAGAAGGAAAUGCAGGAGGAGCGCGUGAAACGUGAACUUGAGCGUUCAAAGACACUCGGGUCAGGAGCUGCAAGAGAGAUGAUUUACGCGGACCCUAUAUUCGAUUCAGAGCCCCGACAAACGUCUGGGGGUGGCUGGGGGUCGAGUAUAAUUGCUGCAACAUUGGGUGCCCCAAUGCCCUCCGACUCUUCGCGUUCGCCUGCCAAGACCUAUGACAUUCGACCUCCUUCUGACGAUGACGAGGAUGAGGACGACAUCGAGCUUUCAGCAUCCCAAAUCAUGCAGUUUGAACAGGAGAAUGCGAAUAUCCUCCGAAGCGUUCAUGAUACACUGGAGUCCGUUCAACAGGCAGAGUCAAGGCUCAUGGACAUUAGCGCUCUGCAAAUGGAGCUUGUAACGCAUUUGACGAGGCAAACGGAGUUGACAGACCAGUUAUACGAGGACGCCAUUGCAACGACAUCGACAGUAGAAAAGGGCAACGUCCAGUUGAAAGAAGCCAAGAGGCGAUCCAGCGACAGUCGGCUGUUCAUUCUUGUUUUCCUCAUCGGAGCCAGUUUUGCACUGUUAUUCCUGCAUUUCUACUAG